CGGGCAGGGCCGGGGCGGCGCCGAGGCCGGGCCGGAGCGGAGCCCGAGCGGAGCGGGGCGGCGGCCGGGCGGGGGGCGCGGGCCGGCGGAAGAUGGCGAACGUGGGGCUGCAGUUCCAGGCGAGCGCCGGGGACGCGGACCCGCAGAGCCGGCCGCUGCUGCUGCUGGGGCAGCUGCACCACCUGCACCGCGUGCCCUGGAGCCACGUCCGCGGGAAGCUGCAGCCCCGGGUCACCGAGGAGCUCUGGCAGGCCGCUCUAAGCACGCUCAACCCAAACCCCACGGACAGCUGCCCCCUGUACCUGAACUAUGCCACCGUGGCCGCCCUGCCCUCCAGGGUGAGCCGGCACAACAGCCCCUCGGCGGCCCACUUCGUCACCCGACUGGUGCGCACCUGCCUGCCGCCGGGAACCCAUCGGUGCAUUCUGAUGGUCUGCGAGCGCUCCGAUGCCUUCGCCUCUGCGUGCGCCCUGGCCCGAGCCUUCCCGCUCUUCACCCACCGCUCCGGGGCUGCCCGGCGUGCAGACAAGAAGACGGUGACGGUGGAGUUUUUCCUGGUGGGACAAGACAACGGGCCAGUGGAGGUGUCCACUCUGCAAUGCUUAGCAAACGCCACAGAAGGCGUGCGGCUGGCUGCCCGCAUCGUGGACGCUCCCUGCAACGAGAUGAACACAGACACCUUCCUCGAGGAGAUUAAGAAAGUUGGAAAAGAUCUGGGGAUCACCCCAACGAUCAUCCGAGAUGAGGAGCUAAAAACGAGAGGCUUUGGAGGAAUCUAUGGUGUUGGCAAGGCUGCCCUCCAUCCCCCGGCGCUGGCCGUCCUCAGCCACACCCCAGAAGGAGCCACACAGACCAUUGCAUGGGUGGGCAAAGGGAUCGUCUAUGACACCGGGGGUCUCAGCAUCAAAGGGAAGACCACCAUGCCUGGGAUGAAGAGGGACUGCGGGGGUGCCGCGGCUGUGCUGGGGGCCUUCAGAGCCGCCAUCAAGCAGGGUUUCAAAGACAACCUCCAUGCUGUGUUCUGCUUGGCUGAAAACUCUGUGGGUCCCAAUGCUACGAGGCCAGACGAUAUCCACCUGCUGUACUCAGGAAAGACUGUGGAAAUCAACAACACUGACGCGGAGGGCAGGCUGGUGCUGGCGGAUGGUGUGUCCUACGCCUGCAAGGACCUGGGUGCGGACAUCAUCCUGGACGUGGCCACACUGACCGGAGCUCAGGGCAUUGCCACGGGCAAGUACCACGCCGCCGUGCUCACCAACAGUGCGGAGUGGGAGGCGGCCUGCGUGAAGGCCGGGAGGAGGUGUGGGGACCUGGUGCACCCCCUGGUCUACUGCCCCGAGCUGCACUUCAGCGAGUUCACCUCGGCCGUGGCCGACAUGAAGAACUCCGUGGCGGACCGGGACAACAGCCCCAGCUCCUGUGCCGGCCUUUUCAUCGCCUCACACAUCGGCUUUGACUGGCCUGGGGUCUGGGUCCAUCUGGACAUCGCCGCCCCGGUGCACGCCGGUGAGCGCGCCACGGGCUUCGGCGUGGCCCUCCUGCUGGCACUCUUCGGCCGGGCCUCCGAGGACCCUCUGCUGAACCUGGUGUCCCCACUUGGCUGCGACGUGGAUGCCCAGGAGGGGGAUGUAGAGAGGGACUCUAAGAGGCGCAGGCUUGUGUGAGGCCUGCCACUCCCCGGCCCCCGGCGACACAAGGCUCUUUACCUCACUUUGCACUGAUUAAUUUUAAGCAAUCUGAAGAUUAUACCUUAAGAUAGCCUUUGGUUUGUUUUUAUUUUUAGUUGUCAUGGUGAUAGAAACAGCUCCUUCUUCUGUCUUAGAAGACAGCUUAGGGUCUGGAGGAUGGCGCGGGGGGGGGGGGGGG